CGGGGCGGGGCCUCGGCCCGCGGGAACUGGGGCGGUUGUGUAACGCCGCCCCCGCGCCGGGAGCGGGAGCGCGGCCGUGAGGGCGCCGGCCCCCGGUGCUGGUCCCGAGCGCAGCCCCGCGCUGCAUGGACUGGUACAUGAUGAACUGCGAGCUCCUGGCCACCUGCAGCGCCCUGGGCUACCUGGAGGGCGACGUGUACCACCGGGAGCCCGACUGCCUGGAGAGCGUCAAGGACCUGAUCCGGUACCUGCGCCAUGAGGAUGAGACUCGGGACGUGCGGCAGCAGCUGGGGGCAGCCCAGAUCCUGCAGAACGACCUCCUGCCCAUCCUGGUGCAGUACCCGCAGGACAAGGCGCUCUUCGACGCCGUCAUCAGGCUGAUGGUGAACCUGACGCAGCCGGCCCUGCUCUGCUUCGGGAAGGUGCCAUCAGAUGCCGCCUCCCGGCACUACUUUCUGCAGGUGCUGUCCUACCUGCAGGCCUACAAGGAGGCGUUCGCCAGUGAGAAGGUGUUCGUGGUGCUCAGUGAGAAGCUCUACAACCUCCUACAGCUGGACUGGGAGCAGCGGCAGGAGGAGGACACGCUGCUGAUCGAGAGGAUCCUGCUGCUGGUGCGCAACGUGCUGCACGUGCCCCCAGACCCCACAGAGGAGCAGCAGGGCGUGGACGGCGACGCCAGCGUGCACGACCGGGUGCUGUGGGCGCUGCACAUCAGCGGCAUGGAUGACCUGCUCAAAUUCCUGGCCAGCGCCCAGGUGGAGCAGCAAUGGGCCCUGCACGUCCUGGAGAUCAUCUCCCUCAUGUUCCGUGACCAGAGCCCAGAGGAGCUGGCGGCACUGGGACAGGGGACAGCGGGUGCUGAGCACGGGGAGGACACGCGGGAGCUGGAGAGCCUGCGGCAGCGGGAGCUGGCGGAGAAGAGAGCCCGGGCACUGCAGCGCCCGUCCAGGCAUUCCCGCUUCGGUGGCUCCUACGUCCUGCAGGGCUUCAAGUCCAUCGGGGACCGGGAUGUGGUGUUCCACAAAGGGCUGCACAACCUGAAGACCUACACCCACGACCUGGGCAAGGAGCCCCAGCGGGUGCCCCGGCACCGCCAGGCCGCCCCCGAGUCCGAGCCCUCCCGCCGCUCCGCCCGCAACGUCCGGCUCUUCCUGCGCCACUUCUGCCAGGACUUCCUGGAGGGCUGCUACAACCGCCUGAUGCUGCUGGUCAAGGACCAGCUGGUGCGGGAGAAGGCUCAGCAGCACGACGAGACCUAUUACCUGUGGGCCACCGCCUUCUUCAUGGCCUUCAACCGGUGCCGUGGCUUCCGGCCCGAGCUGGUGUCCGAGACCGUGGGGGUCCGAGCCUUCCACUUCAUCGAGCAGAACCUCACCACCUACUACGAGAUGGCACUGAUGGACAAGAAGGAGGCAACAACCUGGGCCCGCAGGAUGCACUUGGCCCUGAAGGCAUACCAGGAGCUGCUGCGGACGGUGCAGGAGAUGGACCGCUCGCCGGAGCAGGCGGUGCGGGACAGCAGCCAGGUCAUCAAGAGCAACAUCUUCUACCUGAUGGAAUACCGGGAACUCUUCCUCGCGCUCUUCCGCAAGUUCGACGAGACCAAGCAGCCGCGCAGCUUCCUGCGGGACCUGGUGGAGACGGCCCACCUCUUCCUCCGCAUGCUGGAGCGCUUCUGCCGCGGCCGUGCCAACCUCGUGGUGCAGAGCAAACGUGUGCGGAGGAAGAAGAAGCCUCGCGCGCCCGCGCCACCCGCCCCACCCAGCGCCGCCGAGCUGGAGCAGCUGUGGGAAGGAUUGGCUCCGCAGCUCCAGGCCUGUCUGGAGGGCGAGGUGCCCCUCCCCGAGGACGUGGUGCCCUUCGACGCCGCCUCGGAGACGCCGGUGGAGGAGCAGCGCGCGGAGGCUCUGCUGCGGAUCCAGGAGUGCCUGCGGGAUUCCCGCGUGCCCCAGGCCCUGCGGCUGCUCCGCUCUGCCAGGGACGUCUGGCCCGAAGGGGACGUGUUCGGAGCCGCGGACGCGGGGCCGCCCGAGGAGACGCAGCUGCUGCGGGAGAUCCUCGUCGCUCCCCUGCCCAGUGAGUCCCCAGCUGUGACACCGGGAAGGGGGAAAACUGUGGGGCGCUGCGGCCCCUCAGCACAUCCCACCGCAGGGCACGCGCCCGAGGAGCCCGAGGAAGAGGAAGAGGAGGAUGAGGAAGAGGAGGAGCAGACCGUGCAGGUGUCGGAGAAGGAAUUCAACUUCCUCGACUACCUGAAGCGGUUCGCCUGUGCCCCCGUGGUGCGGGCGCUGGUGCUGCUGCUCAGGGGGUACGCGCAGAACAGCCCCCGCACCAACCACUGCGCCGCGCGCCUGCUGCACCGCCUGGCCCGCGACCUGCGCAUGGAGCCGCUGCUCUUCCAGCUCUCCCUCUUCGCCCUCUUCCACCGCCUGCUCAGCGACCCUGCGGCCGCCGCGCACCAGGAGCUGGUGGCCUUGGCUAAAUUCAUCCUGGGAAAGUUCUUUGCGCUGGCGGCCACCAACAAAAAGGCCUUUGUGGAGCUGCUCUUCUGGAAGAGCCCGGCCAUCGUCUGCGAGAUGACCAAGGGCUACAGCUCCCUGCAGGAGGGAGAGGGGACCACCCGGAGCCGGGUCUCCCCCUGGACCCCCCAGGAGGAGCAGGAGCUGCAGGAGCUGUACUGGAAGUACAAGGAGGUGGAAGGUGGGGACAUCAUCGCUGCCAUCCUGGCCCAUCUCCCACCGCCCGGGCGGACACGGAGGCAGGUGGUGAAGCAGCUGGUGCGGAUGGGGCUGGCCAGCAGUGCCAAGGACUUCCAGCAGGAGAGGAAGGGCACCCGCAUCGUGCUGUGGACGCAGGAGCAGGAGGAGGAGCUGACGCGGCUUUUCGAGGAGUUCCAGGGCUCAGAUGACGUCCUGGGGAACAUCAUGAAGCACCUGACGGCGCGGCGCUCACGGGCUCGGGUGGUGGAGAAGCUGCUGGGGCUGGGGCUGGUGGCAGAGCGCAAGGAGCUGUUCAAGAAACGCAGGAGGAAGGGCCACGGCCACGGCCCCGGCCCCGGGCAGGCUGCCGUGAGUGUCCCGGCUGUGCCAGCCCAGGACAGCUCGGGAGAGGACGAGGACAGCGAGGAGGAGGAAGAGGAGGAUGAGGAUGAAGCAGAGGAAGGCCCCAUGGAGGAGCACUGGGUGCCCGAGGAAGGGGCUGGGCAGGACCUGGCGCAGCACCUGCAUCAGGAAGGCCUGGCCGGGCCCCUGCGGUGGCUGGAGACCUGUCUGCGGAGGGUGGCGGGGGACCGCGAGGAGGACGGCGUGUCCCACCCGGUGCCGCUGGUGCCGCUGACGGAGGAGAACGAGGAUGCCAUGGAGGACCGGCGCUUCCGGACCCUGCUGCGGCAGCUGGGGCUGCGGCCGCCUGCCAGCGAGCAGGAAUCCUUCUGGCGCAUCCCGGCCGCCCUCACCCCGCAGCAGCUCCGGCGUGCGGCCGCCUCCAUCGCCCGCCAUGGCCAUGACCCCUCAGGAUCCCCCCAGGACCCGCCGGAGCCACCCGGGUGCCCCCAAGACCCGGCUCCAGCAGAGCCGCUGCCGGCAGGGCUGGGAUCGGACUCGGAGAGCGAGGAGCCCGUCCCGGUCCCCAUCCCUGUCCCCAGCCCGGUGCAGCCGCGCACCAAGAGGCGCCGGGAGCUCGCCAGCGAGGAUGAGGAUGAGGAUGGUGGGAGCUCAGGCACCGAGCCGGCCCCCGCAGCCCCCUGCUCCGAGGAGGAUGAGGAGGAUGAGGAUCCACAGCCCCGGGGGCGGCGGAAGCGCAUCCGCUGCCUGGAGGAGGAGGAGGAGGAGGAGGAGGAGGAUGAGGGUUGAGGGGCUCCCCCUGCCCUGCCUGUGCCCAGGCCCUGUGCUGUUUCCUGGGCUUUUUGCAGAUUUUAUUGGAUUCCUGCAGGUUUUUUGCAGUUUUUCUGGGGUUUCUGCAGAUUUUCUUCUGCAGGUUUUGAUGCUGUUUUUAAAGGCUGCACAAGCAACCAGUUGUUCCACCCUCCCCCCUUCCCCUGGUGUCCUCAUCUCCCUGUUCUACCCCAAAUUCCCUCUUUUUCCUCAGCUGCUGGUUUUGGUUUGUUUUUUUUUUUCCUAAAACUUUUAAAAUCUGGACAGGGCCCAAAUAAAUAAAGGUGACUUUCGUCCUUC